AUGUCUGCUCCAAACUCCGACUCGAAGGAAAGUGCAACAUCGCAAAACAUCCAUGAACAUGACGAAGAUCAAUUCUGGAAGGCGGCUUCGGUAGACAUAGAAUACUGGAAAGUUUACCUGGAUGCUCGACCCAAAUACCAUACUGGUAAAUUCUACGAUCUCAUCUUUGAUUACUAUCGCUCCCACCGCAGUGGAUCUCCAUCACUUCCGAGUGUUGCCCACGACAUUGGUACAGGUCCAGGACAAGUUGCAGGAGUCCUGUCGAAUCAAUUUGGAGAGGUCAUAGCAAGCGAUUUGAACAAGACCCAUCUGAGUGCUGCAGAGCAUUUCCUCAAGCUUGAUGGAAAGAAGAAUAUCACCCUACAACAUGCAGGUGCAGAGGAUGUUUCAAAACACUUUGCACCCUACUCGGCCGACUUUAUUGCUGCUGCAGAGUGUAUGCCUCUCUUGAACAUUCCAGCUGCCCUCACUGGUUGGGCUACCCUGCUCAAACCGAAUGGCACCCUAGCUAUGUGGUUCUAUGGCCGACCUACCUUUGCAGACGCCUCCGACUUUGACGUGGCUGCCUGCAACGAAAUCUAUGGCAAGAUUGCGAACAGAGCUUUUCGACCUUUCUACGAUGUGCAGGGUCCGAGAUUGGUCAACGUUCGCAAAGCAACGGACACGAUGGUCAGCUGGCUUGACAACAUCGAGCUCGACUCAAGCAUCUGGACCGAUGUGCAUAGGUGGAAAUGGAACAGCCAUCUACGGAUGGAGUUCUCGGACGCCGAAGACCUAGGCUGGCCUAGAAAUCACAUUGACAAAAUUCAGCCUGGUGAGAAGGUCGAAAACAUGUCUGAUACAUCCCUCUGGAGUGAAACUUGGAACAUUGAGGAUUGGAAGUCGUUUCUGAAAGUGAAUCUGCCUGCUUUCAGUGGUGAGUGGGAUGACACAACGCAGGGGAUGUGGCAAGAACUGGCGGAUAAAAUGGGUGGGCCAAGCGAGAAGCGCAAAGUCAUCUGGCCUGUAGACUAUUGGUUUAUGACAUUUACACUCUAUCCGACAGGGCAAUAUAUUGACCGUACGAUCAUGGGUGGGCAUGCCUUUGCCCUAGAUGGCCUCUCAACACCACGUAUUUCCACAGCAGUGUACGCGAGAAUUCUUCCACUGAUCGAGCAUCGACUGGCUGCUCACUUCGACAUCGUCACACAUGCGAUAGAAGCGCCAGCGAAGCAGGACUAUGGUGACAUUGACCUCCUGACGGUACCACUGCUGAACUCACGACCGUCCACGAUAGAGAUUGCGAGACUUCUCCAUGCAGAGAGGUACUAUUCAGCUGAUCGAUCGAACGGCGUCCUUCACUUCGCUAUACCCUGGCCAGAUAAUCCUUCAGACAUUGACAAUCUCUUCACCUCCACAGAGAAAUCUGACUGGAAAGGAAUGGAAAGUGUUCGAGCAACAAGGGAGCUUCAACCAGCUCAGCCUAGUAACAUAACCACAAUCGAGUCUCCCCAUGCACGAAAGUACUUUCAAGUCGACCUCACAAUCUGCGAUUCUCGAGACGAACUCCACUGGCGCCUAUUUGCCCUUGGCCAUGGCGAUGCAGUCAAUAUACUCAGCAGCAUGAUCCGCCACAAAGGCCUCACACUCACAACCAAAGCUCUCUAUCUUCGAAUCCCAGAUAUCGACACUUCCAAUCCCAAGAUCAAGCGCAUUGAACUCUCACGAAACUCAGACCAGGUCUUGAAAUUUCUGGGAACAGAUACGAGCAAAUUCUGGAAAGAGUUCGGGAAUCUAGAUGACUUGAUGGCAUAUCUCUCAACCUGCCGAUUCUACAAUCCGCAGAGACUGAAGGAGGCCACUGAGGAAAAGAGGCAGGAACUUAUAGUGGCUAGCCUUAAUUCCAGGGACAAGACUCACUUGGACGUCAGACCAGUGUUUCGGUUUUGGUACGAGAAGUUCUUACCUGAGCACGAGAACGAUACGCCAAGCGUUGAUGCGCUCAUGAGUAGGGAUGAGGCCAGAGUUGAGACCUUCAAGUUCUUCGGCGGGGACACAAAAGAACGUUAUGAAAGUACCAAGAAGAGAGUUGGAACGUUGGUUGCACAAGACAAGCUCUGGGUGAACUUGAGACGGGAUAUCCUUGCGCAGGAGGGAAUGACUGAAGCAGACAUAGAUGUCACUAUCAGGGCAAUAAGGAGGGAGAUCGUACCUGCGGCUUCUACGACUUUGACCAGCCAACAAUUGAAUGGUCUGCAAAGAGCUUACUUGGAGUGCGAUUGGGCAACUGUGUACGACUGGGCAAUAACCUACCACACUGCUGCCGUUGCUCGAUGGUACGCUGAGAUUGAGGAAAAGCGAAAGAAGCCUAUAGCGAUCGAUGUGAAGAAGUCGAACAAAUUCUCACAAUCGGAGCUUGAGAUUUACUCCGCAGAGGACGACAUGCUCAUCGUGAGUAUGAAGGCUGCAGAAGCCACCUGGAUUGAUAUUCUGGCUGCACUUGGGAAGACGAGUAAGAGUCAGUUGCAGGCGCAUUGGAAGAAGAGUCUGCUGCAGCAGAAAGUUGGAUCUUGA